AUGCCCUGGCAACCCUUGCCUCGCAUCGCCUUCGCCGUAGCGACAUACCCCUUUACAGCCUCGAGCCCCGCCGACCUGCCCCUCGAGCUUGGCGAUGAGCUGUACAUCAUCGAGGAGACCCCCGAUGGCAAUUGGCUCCGCGGAUACCUGGUCGCGCCCCCCAGCCUGCUGGCCGGCCUCACCAGCGUCAAGGGCCAGACGCUAGAGGCCCGCGUCUUCAGCGGCAUCUUCCCGCGCAGCUGCGUCGAGGUCCGCGAGGUGCUGGGCGAGACCGACGAAACCGACGACAACGACAACGAGACCGACGAUGGCGCCGCCGAGGCCCAGAAUGUCGGCAGCGACUCGGCCAAGAGCGGGCUGGGGAACGCAGAGAAGAGGCGGCACCGGGACAGGGCCAAGGGGCUUGAGCUCUCUCUCGGCGGGCUUGACUCUAAGGGAAGGAGCCUGCCCAACGGGACGCUGGGACGGCUCUCGGUGCCCGUGAAGCGCGACCCCAACGUGCCGCGGCCGCCCGCCCCCGUGCCCAUGCUCAAGAUCGGCGACGAGACUCCCACGUCGGCCUCGGAGCCGCUCAUCGACGAGAUCGCCUCCUGCCUGCGCGAGUGGCACUCGACCAACCUCCACGAGCUGCUCCUCUCUCGCCAGUACGCGAAGCUCGACACGCUGUCGCAGCUCAUCAUGAACCUGAACUUUUCGAGGCAGCAGUUCCUUCACGACGUGCUCACGGCCUGGGAGUUCAACAACCUCCGCGAGAAGACGGUAUGGGACCUGGUGCGCGUCAACAAGCUCUGCGGGGGCGAGGUCAUCGUGCGCGACCCGCACGAACGAGGGCGCGUCUUGACCGGGGACGACUCUGUGGUGGAAAUAACGAGGCUGCAGUCCGUCAUGAGCCUCCUGGACGAGCCUCCGACACACACGGUCGAGCUGACGGCCCUGCACCACCUCAUGGUGGACAUCAAAGGCUUCGCCGGCGCGUCAACCGAGUCGACGACACUGGUCAUAUACCUUGCAACAAAGCCGGCGGGAGGCACUCUGACGCCCCUCUCGGAGAGUUACAUCGUCGAGGUCCCUGCGGGCGGGCAGAUGGGACAGCUGGCCCGGAACACGCAGAUGCGCGCCCUGUUCGCCGACCUCUCUGCCGCCGACAUUGGCGACAUUCCCUCGAUCGAGUCGGAGCUGUUUCUCGUGGUCAAGAUCCACGCGCCCCAGCAGGUCGUGGCGGUUAAGCCCAGCUCGCGGUCUGGCUCCAUGGCGCAGGGUCUGUCGCAGUUCUCGUCCAAGGAAUCGUCGAAGCCUCCGCUGUCGGCCGGCAACAAAUCCAUGCGAAGGAGCCUCAUGUGGGGGAAGAGCACGCGGUCGGCCUUCUCGAGGGGGAACCCGAAGCUGGAUGUCUUGUCGGAGCAGGUCGAGGACCACCAGACCACGGCGGGCGCCGAGAGCAGAGACGGCCUGCCCCCGAGCACGGCAAACUCCAAAAGCGGCCGAGCCUCGGUGGAUGUUCAGCCCACGCAGACGACGGCAGAUAGGACCCUCGGCAUUGGCGUCCUGAAGCUGAGCUCCAUCAUGAAGCAGGACGAGGACGUCGAGCAUGUCGUGAGCAUAUGGGCGCCGUCGGCGCGGCUGUCGUCGGAGAGACAGGAGGACAGCGAGGACUGGGACCCGAUAAUACGCGAAAUCAUGGAGAGCAAGACGGGCCACUACGAAAAGUCGAGGCGCGCCGAACGGUUACACGUCCAUCUCAAGGCCUUCAAUAACCCCGAUGCCGAUGCGCUUAUCAAGGCCACCCCGACCAUCCUGUCGGGCGUCUGCAAGACCAACAAGAUGGGCUUCACUGGCGCGCCGACCAAGCCCAGGUCCGACAUCUACCUGACCGUCGACGAAGCCAUCUUGAACCGGCACACCCUGCUGUCGCGGUAUGGCGGGAGCGCAACGUCAGUCCCGAGCAGCAUCCACGGUCACAACCUCCAGGUCACGCUCGAGGUGAGGAGGUCGACGGGCGAGCGCAUCGACAACUGCAUCUACCCUUCGUCAAACACCGAGGGCAUCAGCACGUGGAGGACGGUCGCCACCGAGCGCGGAGACCCGUGGCGGCAGACGAUCAAACUGGUGCUCGCGCCGCAAGACGUGUACUCGGCACAUGCCGUGCUGCACAUUGCAGACGCGCCGAGCCACCCGUUCGCCAUCGCCUACAUGCCGCUCUGGGACCAGCAGGCCUUUAUCCACGACGGGCCCCACGGCCUCUUGCUGUACAAGAUGGACGAGAACACUUCUGCUCCCCAGUCGGGCGCGCAGGGCAGGGGCGGUUAUAUGAGCUUACCGUUUACAACCAAAAGCAGAGAGGGGGUGCAGGACGAGGUGACGGGUCCUCUUGCCAUGCUGCGUGUCGAGACGUAUCUCUGCAGCACGAGGUUCUCUCAAGACAGGGUGGUGCUAGGGCUCCUGGGGUGGAAAGAGUCGUCCCGCGAAGGCAUCCCGGACCUCCUUAAGCAAUUCAUCUUUGUCGCCGAGAUCGAAGUCGUCAAGCUGCUGAACGACGUCCUGGACGCGCUGUUUGGCAUUCUCGUCGAGUAUUCGGGCAACGACGACUACGAGGAUCUGGUGUUUACGGCUCUCGUGAGGGUUCUGGACAUUGUCCACGACCGCCGGUUCAACCUUUCGCCUCUUGUGGACCAGUACGCCGAGAGCAAGUUCAACUACCCCUACGCCACGGCCUGCCUGGUCCGGUCCUUUACCCGGUUGCUGUCCAGACCCACCGAGCCUGAGGCGGCUAGGAAGCUGCGCGCCACCUUCAAAGUCGCGCGGCACAUCCUCAAGUUCAUCACGCACGCCCGAGGCCAGCAAAAGGCCAAGGAGGCCGGGAUCGGAAUUACGAGCACGAGCCCGGGCUUCACGCGCCACCUGCGGAGCAUAUUCAAGGCCCUCGACGCCAUGAUGCGCAGCACCGCGCCUGUGCUGGUCGGCAGCCAGACACUGGCCGUCCAGCACUUCCACACGUGGCUCCCAGAGCUGGCCGGGCUGUUGACGACGGAGGAGAUACUGCAUAUUGCUAUUGACUUUAUGGAUUCCUGCUCCAGCGUCAAAGGGAAGCUCGUCCUGUACAAGUUGGUUCUGAUCAUCAACUACGCCAAACUCGAAAUCUUCUCGCACCCUGAGCAGCGAUCCGCCCUGAGCGCUAAUACUGUCAGGUGGAUUGCACCGCACUGGGGCCAGACGGACGAGGUAACGGAGCCCUGGAAGGAGCAGGUCCGCCUGUGCUGCUCGGUCCUUGCGAGCCAGGUCGACCACCUCGGCCCCGAGAUCCCUGACUACAUCCCCAAGAUCAUCCAGUCGUACCUGGCCAUCCGCGCCGUCGAACAAAAGCCAAAGACGCGUCUCUCGCUUCUCUUUCCCAACUCGUACCCCUUCCCCACGAAGCCAACCGCCGCGCCGGAGCUGUUCGACGAGGCCCUCAUCGAGCUCUCGGCCGUGCUAUCUGCGCUGUCCAACUCCCCGAGCGGGAUGCAGCUCGAGCUGGCCGAAGACGACCUCAACAUUAUUGUCGAGAACUCGCUGCGCGCCCACAUGAGCAUCCUGCAGGGCGAGACCUUCCCGGCCAACUGGCUCAGCGUGCACAUCUUCCAUCACAAAUCAACCAUGCGGACCCUGCAGUAUCUCGCCGGCAUCCUGCUCGAGUCCUUCCUUCCCCACCCCGACGAGGCCGAGAACUUCAACACGGAGCUGUGGAAGCUGUUCUUCACCACGCUGCUCAAGCUGGUCGGGAGCCCGUCGCUCGCGCUGGAAACGUUUCCCGAGCAAAAAAGGCGGGCCGUCUGGAAGAUUGCCGGCGACGUCAGAGAGCACGGGGCCGAUCUUCUGCGGAGGACCUGGGAGGCCAUCGGCUGGGAGACCAGCCUCGAGGAAAGGAGCAGAUACGGCCUCUCCAAGAUGGGCGGCUACCAGGUCCAGUACGUGCCGACGCUUGUCGGCCCCAUUGUCGAGCUCUGCCUCAGCGUGCACGAGGGGCUCCGGCGCAUGGCGGUCGAGGUGCUGCAGACAAUGAUUGUCAGCGAGUGGACGCUGAGCGAGGACCUGUCGGUCAUACAAACCGAGAUGAUCGACUGCCUCGACGUCUACUUCAAAACCAAACCCCUGACCGAGAGCAUACUACAGAAGCUAUUUGUCAACGAGCUGCUGAGCCGCUUCGAGCCGCUAUCACGGACCCCGGACGGACCACUACACCUAGCUCUCCGCGAGCUCAUGGGCACGGUUAACGAGUUCCUCGACCUGCUGGUGGCAGUCCACAGCGGAGACGGGUCCGGGGAGGCGUCGCAUCUCAUCCACCGCCUGAGGCUGAUGGAGUUCCUGCGCGACAUGCAGAAGGAGGAGAUCUUUGUCCGCUACGUGCACCAGCUGGCGAACCUGCAGGCCGACGCCCGGAACCACGCCGAGGCCGGUCUCGCGCUCCGGCUGCACGCAGACCUCUACGACUGGGACCCUAACAGGGCGACGCCUGCUCUCCACGAUCCCGAGUUUCCCACGCAGUCCCACUUUGAGCGCAAGGAGAGGAUCUACUUUGACAUGAUCAAGCACUUUGAGGACGGGGAGGCAUGGAGCCGUGCGCUCUCGGCCUACAAGGAACUGCAGGUGCAGUACGAGACCAACAUCUUUGACUUUUCCAAACUGGCCCGCACGGAGCGCGCCAUUGCCAACAUCUACGAGAUCAUCGCUAAGAGCGAUAAGCUGGUGCCCAAGUACUUCAAGGUGACGUACAAGGGGCUGGGCUUCCCGACUAGCGUGCGCGACAAGGACUUUGUCUUUGAGGGCUCGCCCACCGAGCGCACGUCGGCCUUUACCGACCGCAUCCAGGAGAUGUACCCGUCUGCGCAGAUUGUCGCGAGCGAGCACAUUGACGACCUGGAGGGCCAGUUCCUGGUCAUCUCGGCCCUCAGCCCCCACCGCGACCUGAGCCACCACGUCUACCAGCGCGCACGCGUGCCGCAGGUCAUCCGAGACUAUCUCGUGUCCAACCACCCCCAGGCCUUCUCUGUCAGCUCCCGGCGGAACACGAGCGGCCCGGUCACGGAGCACUACGCGGAGAAGAUUGUCUACAGCACGGCCGAGUCGUUCCCGACCAUUCUGCGGCGCAGCGAGGUCGUUUCGACGCACGAGGUGCGUCUGUCGCCAAAGGAGACGGCGCUGGAGCGCAUUGUGCGCAAGACGGCAGAGAUGGCGACUGUCGAGCGCAAGGUGGCCGAGGGCGAUGGCGGCGACGAAGCGGCGCAGCUGCUCCUGGACGCCGUCAGCAUCAGCGUGAAUCCCAACUCUGAGAGCAGCGUCAUGUGCUACCGCGAGCUGAUCCCGGGAAUGUCCCGAGCGGGCGACUCGCCAGAGGCGGGCAGCGACGACGGCAUGGACCCCGAGCCGCCCGAGCUCGACGCCCAAGAGAACGCAAUCAAGAUGGCGCUGGUGGACCAUGCGAUCCUGAUCAAGCGGUGUCUAAUGACAUUUGGCCGGAGUUCAAACUCGAUCCUCAACCGGCACCUCGAGGAUCUUCAGCGAUACUUUGAAAGUACCUUUGCGCCAGAGAUUGCCGUCUUCACUCCGGCGCAGCCAGCGCGCGACGGCAAUGCCAGCCCGUCGCCGACGUGGCCCCGCUCGCCGCCGUCGACCCUCGGGGGCACAGUGCACCCGCAGAAUCUGGCCGGGGCCGCGCCCUUGGCAGCCAACGGCCUUGGCGCCGACGACGUCGCCGUGCAGCCGGUGCGACAGGGCCGCGGCGCCCGCCUCAGCUUCCUGGGCGGCCGUAAGAAGGAGCAGCCCAAGGAGCAGCCGCAACAGCAGCAGCGCCCCCAUCCGCCGAUACUUCCCCCGCUCCUAAUUAACGGGGACGGCGCACACCACGCGUUCGAGGAGAACUCGGCCUCGACAAGCCGCAGCAAGGACAACCCGAACCGGCGCAGCUUCUUCCGCGCCUCCCACUCGUCGCCAGACAACACGCGGCCCAGCCUCCACAUCAACGGCGCGGCGGACAUGAGCGGCGGCGCCAGCGGCCUGGACUGGGUCACGGACUCGGGCGCUAGUGCUGGUGGUGCCCACGAGAACUCCGACGCCUCAACCGCCGCCGCUACGUCUCUCGGUAGGGAAAAGGAACGCGCUACGGACCACGCGAGCAACGUCGUGCUACUCAACGUCGGUAGCGUCAAGAAGAGGCUGAGCAUCCUGCGUCUAGGCAAGAAGAGCAGCAGAGGGAAUGGGCUGAUGACGAGCUUAGACGAGGAGUAG